AUGACUGUCGCUAACGCGGAGGUCUACCUGAUCCCGGUAGCCUUCCUGCUGGUGUUGGUGAUCGGGCUGUCUCUCAACUGCCUGGUCCUGUGGCUCACCUUUCACCACACCCGGCACUGGAACCGAAGCACCUUGUUCCUCUGCAACCUGACUCUGGCCGACACCACCUGGAUCCUCACCCUACCCUUCCUCAUCCACUACCACUUUGUGGGGCUGCAGUGGAUAUUUGGCAGCCUGGUCUGCCGGGCGGUGAGGUGCCUCUACCACGCUUGCUUCUACUCCAGCAUCUACUUUGUGACUUGCAUCAGCCUGGACCGCUACCUGGCCAUUGUCCACCCCGCUCGGUCCCUCCUGCUGCUGAACAAGCGUCACUCCCUGUACAUCUGCUCCGCCAUCUGGGUGCUGGCCACCGCAUUCAGCAUCCCAACCGCCCUGAUGACAUUCGCCAUCCCCUGCUCCAGCAACCAAACGGUCUGCACCCUCUACAUCUUCUCCUAUGACCCAGACCAGGCGCUGCCCUACUCUGUCAUCGGUACCGUGACUGGUUUCAUCCUGCCCUUCACUGCCAUCUGCUUCUGCUACUGGAGCUGCACCAAGGAGCUCAAGAGACACCACCUCCAAUGCGAGCAGAAGAAGAAGAAGCUCUUCCGGUUGAUGUACUCCGUCCUGAUCAUCUUCGGCCUCAUGUACCUGCCUUACCACCUGGCGAGGAACGCGUGCAUCAUGGUGCGAGUUCUGUGGACCCACCAGACUUGGCUGGCCCACAACUCCGACACUGGCUUCUUGAUAGAGAUGGCCAUCUGCAGCUUCAACACCUGCCUCAACCCAUUCUUCUAUUUCGUAACCAACAUCAACGCCAAGAAUUCUCUGAGAAAAACCCUCUCCAGUUGCUGCGGGGCGACCAGACAAGCGGUUCGGCUCAAAGUGGCAGCAAUCCAUCCAGUCUAG